GCCUCGCGGAGCCGCAGGCAGAGCCGCGCGCGUCCCGAGCGGCCGCAGAGGUGGGCGCAGGCCCGGGGUCGCCUCCGCACCGGGGUGUGGCUCGGGUCGGGCUCGAGCGGCCGGGAGCGUCGCGCAGAACGGUGUCCGGAGGCGGCCGCGCAGAACUGACAGAACCCCGCUUUUCCUGGCACGCGAGGAACGAGAGUUCAUGUGUGUGUCCGAUGGUCGCUUGCGCAGCGGCGGCCGGGGGAGUGGGGAAAGACGCAGCUCUGCAGCACUGAGUGAGCGGACGCUGUCGUGUGUCCCCAGGCGUGGUCAGCAUGGGCCCCGUGGGCAAGCAGAGCCCCUCAGCCCCACCGGGCCCCACGGGAGGGUCUUGCCUCCUCCUCCUCUUCUGCCUGCGCUUGGGCGCUUCCUGCCCACAGGGCUGCCAGUGCCCUGACCACGCUGGGGCCGUGGCCGUCCACUGCAGCGCGAGGGGCCUGCAGGAGAUCCCCAAGGACAUCCCUGCCGACGCCGUGCUCCUGAAGCUGGAUGCCAACAAGAUCGCCCACAUCCCCAACGGGGCCUUCCAGCACCUGAACCAGCUGAGAGAGCUGGACUUGUCCCAGAACACCAUCGAGACCAUCGGCCCCGCUGCCUUCUCGGGCCUGGCCGGGGGCCUGCGGCUGCUGGACCUGUCUCAUAACCGCAUCCGCAGGAUUCCCAAGGAUGCCCUGGGCAAGCUCAGCGCCAAGAUCCGCCUGUCCCACAACCCCCUGCACUGCGAGUGUGCGCUGCAGGAGGCGCUGUGGGAGCUGAAGCUGGACCCCGAGUCGGUGGACGAGAUCGCCUGCCACACGGCCGUGCGGGACGAGUACGUGGGCAAGCCGCUCAUCCAGGCGCUCGACUCCGGCGUCAGCUUCUGCAGCACCCACCACAAGACCACCGACGUGGCCAUGCUGGUCACCAUGUUCGGCUGGUUCGCCAUGGUGAUCACCUACGUCGUGUACUACGUGCGCCAGAACCAGGAGGACGCCAGGAAGCACCUGGAGUACCUGAAGUCCCUGCCCAGCGCCCCCGCGUCCAAGGACCCCGUCGGCCCCGCGCCCUAGU